AUGGGAUCACGUGCUCGAUCAAAAAGUCGAACAUACUUCUCCCAAGUUGGUGAUCACUAUGUGGACGGCAAGAGCAAGCAGCUGUUGUUCCAAGAAGCUCCAGCAUGUACAAUGGGAAGAACUAUACUGAAGAAUGGAGAAGCUUUUGAUCCAAAUGCAGCUGAUAGCCUCAUAGAACGACAUUACAAAAGGCGAAAGUCUCAUGGUUCUAUAUUCUGCUUAGUAGACAGAGUACGAUUUCAAAAAAGUCGAUCAACCGGAUCUAAUUCGUACAGACCUGAUUUAACUUAUAGAGAAAUCAAACAUUUUUAUGAACAUAGAAGUCGACCAGACUGCUUUACUUUAGGGAUAGAAGAUGAAAAAACUGGUAGACGUACAUAUGAGUCGUAUAAAUGUAAACGAGCUGAAGAUGUUGGCUUACUGCGUAAUACAAUUAUGAAAGCUCAACAGGAUCCGCAAUUUAUACUGAGGGACAGCACACCUAUCCGUCAGAUCUCUGUAUCGCCAACUUAUUACCGUGAGUCUCCACCUCGCAACCCUCCAGUUACAGUUAUCACUGUUCCACAAGAACCAACUAGAACAUACGUUGAGCGAGUCCGCUCUCCUUCACCAGUAUACAUUAGACCAGUGACUCGACAAAUUGUACGUCGUUCGCCUACUCCAGAAGAAGUUUAUGUGUAUCGUAAUAGCAGACCAGUUAGUAUUGAACGUAAAUACGAAACAAGAGAGCGAAGUAGACCACGUAGUGUUACAAGUUACAGACCAACGUCUAGUCCAGGAGUGGUCGACGAUGUUACUUAUUUAAAAGCGGAUAAUCAAACAGGAGCUCAAGUUACAUCACAUGGCCCAAUAUACAUGUAUGUUUCAAGAUCAAGAGCUCCAGAUGACAUCAUUUCGUCACCAGACAUAUCAAGUUAUCAAAAUUCGAAACGCAGCAUCUAUUAUGACAGAUAA